AUGACAGGUCACACCGACCAGCCUAUCACCACCCCGCCUCGUGCGCCGUCGCCGGUCCACGGCUUCGGUACCCUGGCGGUGCAUGCCGGGUCGCCGCAUGACCCGGCGACCGGGGCCGUGAUCGAGUCCAUCUCGCUCUCCACGACUUUUGCCCAGACCGCAGUCGGCAAGCCAGUCGGCGAGUUCGAGUACAGCCGCAGCAGCAACCCGAACCGGAACAACUUCGAGACUAUGGUGGCCGCCCUCGAGCACGCCAAGCACGCACUCGCUUUCUCCUCCGGCAGCGCCGCCACCACCGUCAUCCUGCAGUCGCUAGCUGCCGGCUCGCACGUCAUCUCGGUGUCUGACGUCUACGGCGGCACCCACCGGUAUUUCACCCAAGUCGCCAAGGCCCACGGCGUCAAGGUCACUUUCACCCCCGAGAUCGAGGUUGAUAUUCGCGAUCACAUCACCGACGCUACCAAGCUGGUCUGGAUCGAAUCCCCCAGCAACCCGACCCUGCGGUUGGUCGACAUCCGCGCUGUCGUUACCCAGGCCCACGAGCACGGCAUCAUGGUCGUGGUCGACAACACCUUCCUGAGCCCCUACGUGCAGAACCCGCUCGACCACGGCGCCGACAUCGUCGUCCACAGCGUCACCAAAUACAUCAACGGCCACAGCGACGUCGUCAUGGGUGUUGCCGCCUUCAAUUCCGACGACCUCCACAAGCGCCUAGCCUUCCUCCAAAACGCUCUCGGCGCCGUCCCGUCAGCCUUCGACUCCUGGCUCGCCCACCGCGGCGCCAAAACCCUCCACCUGCGAGCCCGUGAGGCCACCACCAACGCCACGGCAGUCGCCCACGCUCUCGAAGCCAGCCCCCACGUCCUGGCCGUCAACUACCCAGGCCUCGACUCCCACCCACACCGCGCCAUCGCCCUCAAGCAGCACCGCGCCGGCAUGGGUGGUGGUAUGCUCUCCUUCCGCAUCCGUGGUGGCCACGCCGCGGCCGAGCGCUUCUGCCAGUACACGCGCAUCUUCACGCUCGCUGAGUCGCUCGGUGGCGUCGAGUCGCUCGUCGAGGUGCCCAGCAGCAUGACACACGCGGGGAUCCCCCGCGAGCAGCGCGAGGCUGUGGGUGUCUUCGACGAUCUCGUCCGCAUCAGCUGCGGUGUCGAGGACGCGGAGGACCUGAAGCGGGAUGUGCUUCAGGCGCUGGAGAAGGCCGUAGCAGAGGCGGAGAAUGGUGUUAAUGGGUCGAACGGAACAAACGGGGCUUAA